GAAGACCUAAAUGUCACCAAGAAUCGUCGAUUAAAAUGGAGCAGAGAGAUGAACCAAGAAAUAGUUAAAACAUUUCUGCUAAUUAACGACUGUAGAGAUGAUCCGCUUCCAGGAUGGAGACAAAAAUUACACAAGGAAAUUAAUAAGCUGUACCCAAACUUAGAACUAUCUGAACAAAAUACUGCCGAUAGACUGCGUGCUAUAUACUCUAGAAAACUGUUAUCAGUAUUAGAUAUAGAUAAACUGCGCCGUGAAGCUGGCAACCAAAUAUAUAACCAGCAAAUUAAAGAAAGUGUUCAAACCAAUAUGCAAGAAGAAUUACCGGAAACAGAACAUCAAGAGCAAAUUCACAAAAUAAACCAAAAAUUUGAAGAAAAUUUUGAGCUCUUCGAAAACACAAAUCCCGAAAUCGACCAUGCCUACCACAAUUGA